UUGUAUUUAUUUAGGACUUGUUUUCCUGUAAUCAGCAUUUUUACAACGCAGUGCAAAUAACAUAUUACGGAUUUUUUAAUAAUUAAUCAUCUCUUGUCGCUUUAUCAGAAUUAUCGUCGCAAUGGAAAUGAAGACGACUUACUAUUUUUAUGAUGACAAAUUUUGGAUUCCAGUUCCGACAGGAUCAGACAACAACAGUUUCUACCAUUCUAUCUAUGGGAAAAGAAACAAUGAAAGUGAACCUUAUAUCGACCAAUACGCCGCUGACAAACGUACAAAUUGGUCACACUGCCUGACCUCUCUUAAAAACAAGUCAUCAACAAUGAUACCAGGCCUAAUCGAUAUAUUAAGGAGAUGCUUCUCGGCGUACGAAAAAUACAAACAUUCAUCUGUCGAAGACGAGGCUCAGCUUGCACAAUAUGCUUCUGAUAUUGAAGCAGCACAAGAACCAGUUAAGAUAGAAGAAGUUACAUUUUUGGCAACGUUUGUUAAUAUGAAAAUCGUUCUACUCUCAAAAAAUGGAACUAAUAGAAUUGUGGAACCGGAUCAUGAAAUUAUUGAGAGUACUUCGAUCACACGUUUUUCCAACUACUUUCAAAGAUUAAAAAUAGAAGAAGUGUUGAGUCUAGACGGAAAUAUAUUUUCCAAAGUUGUAAUUGCUGAUGAGAACUUCAUAAGAAAGGAACAAGUGGAGUAUCUGGAGGCUUAUUGGAUACGCAGUCUGAAUCUUGAGGAUUCGGUUAGAAAUAAGUGUGAGAGAUACGCCAAGGCCUUGUUGAAUAAAAUGUCUUCUUGGAUAGAAGUUUGUCACCAUUUGAAAAAUCGUCUUACGAAUAUUUAUCCGCAAAUGAUGGCGGAAAUUUUCCAAGAGAAUAAUCUUCAGAGUGAAAGAUCGGAAUGGAACGGGUGUAAAGAGUUUGUAAGCGUAGAUGGAGACGAACCGAAUUUGCCUGAGAAGAUGAGUUUAAUAAAAUUCUAUGAUCUAUUCAUCGAGAAAAAGCGUAAUAUUUUCGUGAAUACAGAAAAUGUUAAUGGUGAAAAUUAUGCGCAAUUUGAAGAAUGCCUAGCUAGUCAUCGAAUUCUAGCCUUGGAAGCCGUUUUAGACAAAGCAAAAUGUGAACUUUUUACGUGUUACCAGCGGGAGAGCGAAAACUUCGAGGCGAAGCUGUUAAAGUUUGGAAUUGUAAAAAAAUCAGAUGACAAAUUCCAUUUCACCCACGACACAUUCCAAGAAUAUUUCUUUGCCGAAAGCAUACUAAAGGAAUUGCGACUUCAAAACCAAGGAGCGGACUUUCAGAAGUUCCUAUUUGAAGAAAUAUUUUCAUCCACGGAAUAUGCUGCUACGAGAGCUUUCAUUGAUAGUCGGCUCCGAACAACAACGGAUUCAUUACCUUCGAACAUAUUCCAGAAUUAUCAGUCGCUAAAGUACGAUGUCGAUUUCAAAAAACACCACUUACAGUGUACCAUCCACUUGCUGGCGAAAGAAGGCUGCCUAGGGAUCCUCCAGCUCCUAUUAAAGUGCAUCAAUUUCAGACCUGUCAGAGGGAAAAAAAUAGAAAUCAUACAUAACGCGACUGAGCUGGACAAAGACACCAGGGAACACAUUUUCGGUAACUCGUUGAAUGUGUUACGGUACCUUACUCGACACGGAGGAGUUAACAUUAAGGAUAAGCAAGAGAACAUGCCACUGCACUACGCCGCUGAAAAGGGACACUUCGACACGGUUAAGUUUCUUUUAGAACAAGGCGCAAAUAUCAACGGUCCUGGCAGCCGACGUCAAACGCCGCUACAUUUCGCUGCUUUCGGGGGCCGUUUAAAUAUAGUCAAAUUCCUGGUUGAGAGCAACGCCAACACCGAUAGCAGAGCAUGGGACGGCACAGCUCUCCACUUAGCCAUUUCUGGCGACCACUUCGACAUCGUCAAGUACCUUGCGGAAAACAGUGGCAAAAAUAUGAUUACAAACGGCAGGUACGAAACGAUUCUUGACUUAGCAGCUAGGGAAGGACGGCUGGACUUUGUUCGGCUUCUUGUGGAACAUGGUGACGAUGGCGACAAUGUUAGAGCUCUUCAUCUGGCUCUUUACGGGAACCACAUGGAUGUCGUUGAAUACCUCGUGGAUCGCGGUGUGGACAUCAACACCAAAUGCUGUUCAAGCCUUAGUUAUACCGACGGGCAGAGGUUUACGACAUUGCAUGUUGCCGUUUCAAAGGGUAACUUAGAAGCCCUUAAAUUUCUUUUACAACGCGGCGCAAACGCUAAAGUUAAAUGCGGCAAGGACAACACACCGCUACACCUCGCUGUUUCUUAUGGAGAUAACGUGGAGAUAGUCAAGUGCCUUGUAGAAUUCGGUGCAGAUUUAAACGCUACCGACGAAAAUGGAUGUACAGCUUUAUAUUUAGCCGUCGAAAGAUGCCGGACAAACACAGUCAAGUACCUUUUACAGCGCGGUGCAAACAGGAACAUCACGGACAAUGAAGGCUACUCUGCGCUACAUAUUGCUGCUCGCGAGAACUACCUCGACUCAGUUAAAUUGCUUGUGGAGGCAGCAGCGGAUGUUAACGCAACAGACUACUACGGGAAAACAGCGCUGCAUUUUGCCGUUUCAGGAGAUACGAGUAAUUUAGACAUUGUCAAGUGCCUUGUUGAGAAUGAGGCAAAUGUAAUUAUUAGAGACAGCGAGGGCAACACACCGUUGCAUCUAGCAGUGGAUGAAGACGUAAAUGAAAACAAUCCAGACAUUGUACGUGUACUUGCAAAGUGCGGUGGAAUUAAUAUCAGAAACUUUUCGGGUGAAACAGCCCUGCAUCUAGCCGCCUACAAUGACUUGGAUGCUGUUAAAGUCCUGGUGCAGGAGGGUGCGGACAUCAACAUACUAGAUUUUAAAAACCACACGCCUCUUCAUAUUGCCGUAUCCCAAGACAGCUUAAACAUCGUCGAGUUCCUUUUACAAAAUGGGGCACACGCCGAUUUUAAAGACGAACACGGCUGCAGCACCGCAUUGCACUUCGCAGCGUUAAGAUGUGGGUUGGAAACGUUUAAGUUCUUUUUGGAACGGGAACCAGGGUUUAAUAUUACGGGUAGCGACGGGACCACAGUCCUUCUUCUAGCCGCCGAGAGAGACCUCUUGGAUAUAUUCCGGUUCAUUAUAGAACGUGGUGCUGACAUUAACGGUACACAAGAAGGCCGCACAGCUUUGCACGUGGCUGCAAAAGGGUAUAAAGUGGAAAACGUCGAGUUCCUUGUUGAGGCGGGUAUGGACGUCAACGCUAGAGAUAAGCAGGGUCGGACACCGCUGCAUUUCGCUGCAGGACACGGUUGGGCGCCAGUCGUAAAAUUCUUCAUUGGACGUGUUGAGGACGUUAAUGUAAGGGAUAGUCAGGGUCGUACUCCAAUACAUUCAGCUACUCUUAGGGAUAGGUUAGACGCUGUGAAAGACCUCGUGGAGGCUGGUGCAGACGUUACAAUAUGCGACAACGACGGCUUUACAGCCUUGAAUUUUGCUAAGUUAUGGCUUCCGCUUUCCACAAAUUUAGCGUGGUAUCUGGAGUCACAAAAUAAGGGACAAAAGCGACGGCUAAGCUAUUAACUGGAAGAAUCCCAGUUUAACGUCUUGUAGUACAUAUUUGGACAAGAAACGGUUUUCGGGAACAUGUAAUUAUACUCCGCGGUAGAAAUUAUAGAGAGUGACUCAUCGCUAGCUUUUGGACUAGUAAGGGGGAUGAAGC